AAGGGAAAAAGAAAAGGGAAGGAAGUAUCGCAUAUGUUUGCGUUUAACCGCGACCCGUAUCUCUCUCUUCAUUAUACUCUGUACAUCAUUUCACUACUCACAUUUCUCUCAUUUUACCCAGUAUUCCAAAACAGCCAUGACUUCUACCACUACUCGCACGGCCAAGGAGGUCAUUGAGGCGCUCAAGCUUACUCCUCACCCCGAAAAGGGCUACUACGUCGAGACAUUCCGAGACUCCCACACCUCUUCUACCGGUGGCCGUGCGCCCAGCACCAACAUCUACUACUUGCUCGAAGGCGAGUCCGGCUUAUCGCACUGGCACCGUGUGCUGGACGCCGUCGAGGUCUGGCACUACUAUGCCGGCGCACCUCUGCAGCUUUCACUUUCCAAGAAUGACGGAACGCCUGUCCGCGAUGUUGUCCUAGGCACGGACCUCUGGAACGGCCAGCGCCCGCAGAUUAUCAUCGAGCGAGGGGAGUGGCAGCACGCGCAGUCCCUGGGAGAUUGGACUUUGGUGGGUUGUUCCGUGGCUCCCGGUUUUGAGUUUGAGGGGUUUGAAAUGGCCGAGCCGGGAUGGGAGCCCAAAGGAGCAACUGCUACUACUACCAGCACGUAAUGCAUUAUGAAUAUCAUGUGAGGGCCUUUUGCCGCUUUUAAACUUUGGGUCCCGUAAUGUGAAUUAGCCGUCUGCAAACCGAUAUCCCGACAGCCAGCUUCGCUAGCGAGCUAACUUAGCUCCAUUGUGUCAAGUUUUCUCGCUAACCAACCAACAUGGGACAAGGCUCCCCUUGCCUGCUGUAUUUUUAGCGAAGCGAUCCCCGUCUGGUCGUUGUCAGACAGAUCGUCGCUCCUAUUGGGUGCACGACCAAUUUUAACACGGGACGCAUCUUGCUUGCAUGCUGACUGACCCGUUGGUGGUUAAUUUAGCGCAACAUUCCUCCCUAUCCCGGACGGGUUGCGCCGCAGCGUGUACCUCCUGACUCAGUCACUCUAUGGAGUGACACACUGUAUAUAUAAAUGUUAUUCAUAAGAAAUAAGAAGACCCUAAUAUUAAGAAUAUCUACGCAGAGGCCAGUCUUGAUGACAAGAAAAAAAGAAAAUUAGGUAGUAUUAAAAGUAUAUUCUAGAGAAAAUCUUCUAGUCGCGGAUGAGAUCCAAAAGCUUGCCAAAGUCGGGAACGCCGAGACCAGUGGUAGCAUCCCAACCCUCAACAGAAGGAAAAGCAGGUUCAGUCUUGCAGACGUUGUUGUGGCCCUUCUUCAAGUCGCGGAGGCCAUCAGUACCGCGGCGGUAGAGCCAAGGGUUCACAAAGCCCAUGGGGGGACGGCCCUGGGAGAGGAGGUAGUCGCUGAGCAGAGCAAAGAUGGAGGCAGUGGUAGGGCACGAAGCGCUGGUGCCGCCGCUGUAUCCGAGCUUGCCCUGGAAGUAGAUGGGGUAGCCGCGGUAGAGGGCGGAGACAUCGGGGUACGCACGGCCGCGUCUGUUGAACUUGAUCUUCUCAAACUCUUCGGGAAGACCAUCGAGGUAGUCCUCGACAUCGGACCACUGGUACCAGGGACGGGUGAAGAUGUUGGAGAAGCCGCUGCCACCAUCGGGCUCGGACUGCUCGUCGUCGCCGUAGUGGGUGGUGCCACCAACAGUGGUAACCCAGGGGCACGAGGCAGGGAAAUCGGGGAGGUAUUCCUUGACAGUCUUCUUGCCGUUGGCAUCAACAGUGCAAGAAUCAGAGCCACCGGGACCGGCAUCGCCAGCAGAGACGAAAACACUGACACCGCGAGCUCCGAGCUUGAGGAACUGGAAGCAGACGGCGCGGGCGUAGUCGACAGGGACGGUUCUCUCGUCAUCACCGUACGAGAUGGAGAUGGUCGUGGGAAGCUUGUGCUGGCCGCUGACGUACUGGAGCCACUCAAAGUAGGGCUCGUUGGUGUUGUUGACGCUGCUACCGGCGGGUUGGAAAGGAGGCAUGCCGCCAGUGGACCAGUAGAUGUUGUUGAUGGGGUAUGUCAACGGGACGGUGAUUUGGGUGUCGAGGUUGGCCUCGCCCUCACCAGAGCCCUUGGGGUCAGAGAGACCACCGUUGAUGGAGGUGAUGGGAGUUGUCGUGUUGGUGGGGAUCUCGGGCGUGUAUUUGGUCAGGUACAAAGAAAGGUCGUUGUAGCUGGGGACCUCGUCGAGGAAACCGGCGAUGCCAAGUGUAGACUUGCCAGCACGGGGCGUAUAGCCGUGAAUGUUGUAGUUUUGGCGCAGGCAGCGGGCCGAGGUCUUCUCAGUGGCGCAAACAUCGUCGCCGCGGGUAUCAAUCUCGGACGCAGGGACAAUGUCGAUCAUUCUGUUGGAGCCAACACCAAGGUCAGAGAACAUGGUGGUGGGCUGAAUCAUCUGAAUGGCGUCCUCGAGGUUCUUGGGCACGCUGUAGCUGGUAGCGCGAACCGUCUGGCGACCAGUCUUAGGGUGAGCAUAAACACCGUAGUCGGCAUUGAGCAGCUCCUUGGCCUUGGCGGCGGUGACAGUGACAGUCAAGUAGCCGCCGUCGACCUUGCCGGCAUCGAGGCCGUGGGAAGACAGCCACUUGGAGACGGCAUCGACGUUGGCCUUGGUGGGCGCAACGAGAGCAUCUACCUCGUCCUUGGAAAGGUGCUUGCCGUAGUCGGGGUGGUCAGGGGUGCUAAUCUCGAUGACGCGCUUCUCCAGCUUGUCCUGAUUCUCCUCCUUGAGGCGGAUGAACAGGUCAAUCUUGUGAUCGUCCUUGGCAGCAGACUUGAGCUCCCAGCCGUGGGGGACGGCGCUCAAGGCCUGCUUGGUGAUGA